UGAAAUUUACAAUGGUUUCUUAUGCGUACACACCACCAUCAACAAAUUCAACGCGAACCUAAUGGGCAACAUCGCGAGCGGCGGCGCUAGCCCUCGCCCGCCUCCGCCGCCGGCGCACCUCGACGCCUACAGGCACGGGGCGCCGCCUCCGUACUACCACAGCUACCCUCGUUUGCCCCCCGGCGCCGCCGCGCCGCCGCCCGUGCCGGUGCCCGCGCAGGUGGAGCGCCACAGGGCCGUCGCGGUCAGCGUCGGCGUCAUCGUCAAGGGGGACACCCUGCGGCUGGUGCCCGACGACGGCGGACGCGUCCUGCUCCUCGCCUUCUCCUUCGACGCCGAUGCCCCCGGAAGCAUAACUGUGUACUUCUUUGCACAAGAAGAUGGUGAAUGUGCCUUGAAGGCCACAAAGGAAAAAAUGCUUCAACCGGUGACUGUACCUUUCAAAGAAGGUCGAGGUCAGGAGUUCAAGCAACCAUGUGGGUCAGGAAUCGAUGUCUCUCUUUUUGAGGAAUCUGAGCUAACUAGCGUUGGGGAAGGUGGUGUAUUCCCUAUAGCAUUCAAAGUAGAAAUGGAUGUAUCAGGCAACCAAGAAUCAGAAGGGGCACAUGAGGCAGAAGAAUCAAAAUCUCUAGUCAAAUAUGCUAUAUUUGUGAAGAAAGACAAUGCUGAAUAUGGAGUCCAAGUUGUGCAGCAGAUCCUUUGGGUAGAUGGAAUUAGAUAUGUCUUACAGGAAAUAUAUGGUAUUGGGAACACAGCUAAUAAGAAUGCUCGUGAGGACGAUACUGGGAAAUUAUGUGUUGUUUGCCUUUCUGAACCAAGAGAUACUGCCGUUCUGCCAUGCAGGCAUAUGUGCCUGUGCAGGGAAUGUGCUCAAACUUUAAGGUACCAAACCAACAAAUGCCCAAUGUGCAGGCAACCUGUUGAGGGCCUUCGCGAGAUAGAGGUUGAUAACGAAGAGAUCCCUCAACAAGGAUCUCAGUAGUUAACAGAACCUCAAUGAAUUCUCAUCUGAUUGCAAGCAAAAAUUGCAUGUAAAUAUGUCAUGUGUUUAUGAAAGUACUGUGCUUUUUGAAGGAAAAAGUUGGAAAUUACGAGCAACAAAGUUGUUUCUGAUAUGUUGUUAAGAGAUGAACCUAAUGAGAUUUAAGAGUAUACAUUUGGACUACCCAAACUCUGGUUCUACACUGUAUGGCUCAGGCCUUUUGCAGGGAACAAUCGUUUUUUUUCUUCUAAUAUGGUUACUCACCUGUCACAAGAUGUGUUAUGCACACUUAUUACAUACGUUGAAGAGCACCCGCUGUAUUUUUUAUUGUUCUGUGAUGUCCAGAGGAAGUGAGGUACACCAAUCGGAACCUUCUCCUCUCAUUGGCAUCCUGGGUCUACGUGGAAUAUUCGUUCCAAUCAGAAGUCAAUCCCAGAAUCUUAGUUGCUACUAAGGCCCUUGUAAC